AUGGAUCAAGAUCUUGCUAAAGCAUUAUUUGACAAAGGCGCGUUUCUGCUAUUUUUGAAUGCACCUCCAGGUUUGGAGUUUGGUAUAGAUUAUAAUUCCUGGCAGGUUGGGACAAAGUUCAUGGGUGUUAAAUUGAUUCCACCAGGUCUGCACUUUGUCUAUUACAGUGUGACGGACACUGCUACUUCAGGCAUAAGGAAAUGGAAUGUGUUAAAGGAAGAUUUGGAACUUGAUCAAGAACAAAAUGAAAAAAUAAAAGCUGAUAUGCGUCAACUAGAUCAAUAUUUGGGCGCGUAUCCGUUUAGCUCGUACCAAAAAUGGCUCAAUCUCACUGACCAUGUUACUUCCUGGUUGGUGUCUCGCGUAUUACCAGAUCAAGGAAGACUCAGCAAUAUUUCUUCAUCCACCAUAGAUGAAGAAGAACUUCAGGGUAUACGUGGAAAAGAAAAAGGAGAUAAACAACAAGGAAAAUCAAUUGUAAAUGAUACAAUAAUGUUCACAAAGUUUGAUUUGAAAAGAAGUUGGCGGCCUGGUGCAUUUGGUCCAGAAGUGACAAAAUAUAGUCAGGAUAAAAGUUGGUUAUUAUCGGAACUUUUGUCGAAAGGUUAUCGUGAUGAUUACAAAGAAUUGCUUGGUGAAUUGCAACUGGCAUUUGUUUGUUUAUUACUUGGACAGAAUUAUGCUGGUUUCGUGCAAUGGAAGAAUUUAGUUCAUCUUUUGUGUGGUUGUUGUGAAGCUUUGUUAACUUACGCAGACAAUUUAUUUGUUGAGUUUCUUGACAUACUAAAGUAUCAACUGGAAGAAUGCUCUGAUGAUUUUUUUCGUGAUGUGAUUUCAGAAAAUAAUUUUUUAGCUCAUAUGCUCAAGGCCUUUCGGUACAAUUUGCUAGACUUAUCGUCGACAAAUCGGUCCGUCGAAUUAGGCACCCUAAAACGAAAAUUCGAGAAACUAAGAGCAUUUCUCAAUCGUAAAUUCAAAUGGGAAAUGAUCGAUUCUGUCGAAAGAAUUGAAGUUGGGGCUGAUGAUGAAGAGGAAGGAGAAUACGCGCCUAUAGUAAUAGAUAUAGCAGAGCAAUCCCAACAAGAAUCUUCUUCGUAA